AUGCUGAUGAGCUGUCUCGCUUUCGUGGUGUCAGAGGACGCCGUCGCGUCUAAAGACCUGGAAGAUGAUUAUGAUGACAUUGGAAGAAAGCAUAGGAAGAAGAAGAAGCAUCAGGGUAACCCAUGUUAUGGAAGAACCUUUGGAGAGAAAUUUGGGCCACAAGAUAACACGUAUAUAUCAGCACCAGUAACUAAUUAUUUCUUUGGUUGUGGAGGUCUGCCUGCGCCAGUUGCACCUGUAUAUCCACAGUAUGGAUAUGGUGAUCAAGGACAUGGUGGGCAUGGACAUGGCGGGCACGGUCAUGGAGGACACGGUCAUGGUGGCCACGGCCACGGAAGUCACGGUGGCAAUAUUCAAGGAGCAUAUCCUGGUGGUUAUCCACAAAACGGAUACAACGGGUUCCAGCAGUUCAAUCCGGGGUUCGGCGGGGUAAACCGACCUCUCCAGAACGUAGUCUCAUCAGCGGCUGCUGGCUUCGGUAACGCUGUUGCUAGUGCUUUUUCGAGACCGCGGAAAACAUACAGACAGAUCAACAGAUUUUUCAACAAUCUUUUCUGA